AUUGAAAAACAAUCCCUUUGCUAUAAAUUACAUGAGAGUGCCUUGUUUUGGCUUUAGUUUUGAUUUUACUUUGCUUGCUAAAGGUUCUAAAAAUAAUAUAUAUUCUUUAGAAUGAAGUUUCUAAUUUUCCUGGCAGUUUUUAUUGCUUUUGUGGCCUCGUCCUGGGCCUUGAAAAAUGAAAUCUGUGGUCAAACACAUUCCCUAAAUGGUAAUGGUAUAAUCGCCUGUGAAGCCCUUUUCCCCUCAUGGACCUAUAAUUCCGAGAAUAAGGAGUGCCUCAAAUUCAUCUACGGAGGCUGCGGAGGAAACGACAAUCGUUUUGGCUCCAAAGAAGAUUGUGAAGAAAAGUGUUUGGAAUAAAAUGG